CUGAUCAGGAGGCUGCAACUCGUACCGUCACUGAUGAGAAUGAGCGUCAAGUCGGAGAAGUAAGGAGAUUGCUGCAGGUUCUCCAGCAGUGUGAUGAAGACAUCAAACAAUUGCAAACAGCAGUUCAUGAUCAGGAACAUCUUGCAGCACAGAAACAGAGAGAAGCAAAUCAUCUACAGCAGGAAAUCACGAGAAUGACAAGCGAACUAGAUGACAAAGAGGGACAGCUGCAACAACAAGGAGAAUUAUUGAAUGAUACGAGAAGCGCAAUAGAAGAACAGAGAAGACAAAUUGAUGUUUUGAGGCACGAGGUACAAGAGAAGCACACGACUAAUGAACAUCUGGCAAGACACUUGCAGCGAAGUGAAAGAGCAGUGCAGGAGCUGCAACGACUUCAACAUCAAUAUGACAGCGUUAUACAGAUCCAUGAUGACAGUUUACACAUGACUGGAUUAAAGUUGGGAAAAGGAGCUUAUGGAGAGGUUGGUGUUGGCAUGUGGAGUGGUGUAGCAGUUGCUGUCAAGACAUUUUAUGAAGAACCGGUUAGAGUAACUGAUUUCAAUAUUUCAUUGAUUCGACGUGAAGUGUCGGUGUCCAGUCGUGUCCAUCACCCCAAUGUCGUAUCCAUCUGUGGAGCUAUCGUUGAGAAUGAAGUUCCUCUUCGUAUCGUCAUGGAGCUUUUGGAAGGAUCACUGAAAGAUGUGAUCAAUGCUGCUUUGAAAAUCAGAUAUCUGUCCAUGAGGGAACAAGUGGAUAUAGCUGUGGGAUGUCUGUGUGGUGUGAUGUAUCUUCACCAGCUACAACCUGCUCUUCUUCAUGGAGACAUUCGCUCUACCAAUAUUCUCAUCAGCAAGACCAUGGAAGCCAAAAUCGCUGAUCUGGGCUCUUGUCACUUCUCAAACGAGUCACUUUCUGUUGGUCCUCUCAGUCCAGAAUACAUUGCACCAGAACGAGUUAUGGAAGAUGGUGCAGUCCCCCCACCCAACACAACACAAGCCGACAUGUACAGCUUGGGAGUCACAUUUGUUGAGUUAUUCACAGGAGUUUCUACAGAGAAGAAAUUGCGUGAAACUCAGUUUCAAGCUGUUUUUUAUGUUCCACUGCAGGACAUUUGCUAUGCUAUGGCAGAAGAGAAUCCACGUGAUCGCAUUUCUGCAGCAGCAGCUCUCAUGCAAGUGAAUGCAGUGAAGCAGAAUGAUGACUACACUUCAUGUCCUCCCAAAAGGAUGGUGAACGGCAAGAAACGCAAAGAAGACAAAGUGACACUCGUAGAGAUGCCGUGGAUGUGACUUAGGAGCAAAUAAUUGUGAUGUAUUUGUUUGUCUGUUUGUCUUAAUUCAUCCGACUUUGCUGCUUGUUAUAAAUGCAAUAGAUGAUGUUGCAUGUGUGUAGUCUGCUGUGCAAUAUGAGUUGACAUUGAACUUUUUGAUAGUCUAGCAGUCAGUCUCACAGUUUUUACAGUUUGUGUUGAUGUGAACUACAGUAAAACGUUUGACUGUAAGUGAAGCUUUUUAUAUCCAUGUAAAUGUUUGUCAGUUGUGUGUGUCAAUGCUGCAGCUGAGUGUCAGUCUAUUGUGAUUAAAAUGAUACAACAGUUUGUGACGAGAAAACUAUUGAGAAGUUUUGGUUGUGCUGAUGGUAGCAUCAGCUUGUAUAGUCUGUCCAUGUCUGUCCAUGUGUCUGUCUAAU